UUAGUGAAUGUAUUCUGUUCCUACUGGUUGUGGUUUGGACAACUCUUACAAUACUUGAUUUCAUGCAGUUCCCAAUUAGAGAAUCAAUGUUUCGGAGAUAUGUCCCAAAUCAAUCAGAGGAAUCAAUCAAUGGGGAAUUUAGAGCAAAAUCAAUCAUUAAGCCAGCAUCAUUUGAUCAGUCCAACAGAUCAAAUAUUCAAACCAAUGGAUCAAAUAAUAAACCCAACACAUUAUCUGAAUUUAAUUUAGAGAGUUGGUUACGCACACAGUCUGUUCGGACAAGUCUAAUCCACGAAGUUUGUAAGAACCAUUCUGAUCUUAUUUACAUACUGUACAACGAUAAGUUUAUGUACGAUGAUAAGCACAAUCUAUUGUACUGCAGACAGGCAAAGGUUGGUACAUCAACAUGGUUAAGUUUAUUUCUUGAUCUUUCAGAUAGUUUACAAGAAGAGAAAGAUGAUAUUAGCUUUACAAGUAAAAGAUUACAUGCUAAAGUGCCGAAUAUGUUUCCCCUUCCACCAAACCUAGACGUCAGUGAUUUAAGUGAGAUAUCCGUCUCAUUCUCCAUGGUUCGACAUCCGUUAGAAAGGCUUGUGUCAGCAUAUUUGGAUAAAAUGGUCGACAAAACAGAUUUAGGAUUCUUAAAUUUAAGGGACAGAAUUAUUGAAAAAUAUGGAAAUGUUAAUUUUGAAUCUUUUGUCAGACAUAUUGUGGACUCCAAAUCCUUUUUGUGCAGAUCGAUCUCAUCGUGUCAUUAUGAUGUUCAUUGGCUCCCUCAAGUAGCAAGAUGCUUCUACUGUCAGGUUCCGUAUAAAUACAUUCUCAAACUUGAAACAUUCAAAGACGAUCUUCAAGGAAUAUCGUUAGUAUCCAACAUAAAACUUCCAUUAAUAAGAAAACAUGUGAGCAGUGGUAACACAAGAGAAUUGACAAAAAGAUAUAUGAGAUCUCUUCCUACUAAUCUAACAGAAGAAAUAUUAAGGGUCUACCGGGAAGAUUUUGAGAUGUUUGAUUAUGAUCCAAAUUUAUAUUUAGAUUAAGAAAUUAGUUGAUUCUUAUACAGUGGUAGGCGAUUAUAUCAAUACAAGGAAGACGAAUUUCGAAUUCAAUUUAGAUAUAAAUUAAGCUGUUAAACAGCAUGGAUAGACAAAAACAUAGAAGUCAAGAGAACUUGUCAUUUAAUAGAUCUUCUCUUCGAUUACAUAUAAACUUGUAAUUCGAAAAAAGCGUGCUAAUUGUCAAAACCUAAAAAAAAAAGUCGUUUUCAUUGUAAUGUAUAAUCGUUUACCACUGUACUAUACCACAGCAUUUCUUAAUUUCUUAAUAUUUAGCUUAUACAAACUUGCAAAGCGCUUCUCGCCCCGGUUUUUCUUCAUUCAGUAUCACAUUUUUAAAUGUUAACCCACCAUUUAGGCACAAAUUUUACUUAUUGCAUUUAAAAUUAUAACAAGUCAAUAUUUUGUAGAUUUUUUGUUUAUUUUAAAUGGUGGAAUUACAAAAAAGAAAAGGAACCUCUUCCAUAAACUCUGAACUUCUAAAUCCUUUUCUCUUUUUAACCUGAUGUUGUAUACCUUCCAUAUUUUAAACUAUGAAUGCGUUCGAUCAAAGUGCUAAAGUAAAAUAAAUAAUGAUAUACACCCCAAUACAUAAUCUGGCAAAGAUUAAAAAAUUAGAGUUUGAGGCAGCCAAGCUCUCAGUUUCUUUUUAAGAAAUGCUUCUCAUAAAAUAGAAUAAAAUAUACGUACAUGAAUAUAGUCAGAUAAAUGAUCCUAAAGUGUCACCGUUAAAAUAAAUGUUUAAUUUUCUAAA